CCACCAUCCGAGGCACGUCUCGAGUAGAGAAUGCUACGCUUGCACGGGCGUCUAAAAUUUCUUCAUGCAAUAUUAAUAUUAUCUUUCUUACUUCGCGCCACAACCCGCAUGUCAGUCGACGGUAGUCGAACAGACUUCCUAAGGCUCUCGUCUCGUCACACUUCUGAUACCUUUGCAGCAGCAUGUGUCUUAUACAGUCCCACCCACCCUCACGGCUCACCGGCACCUAGAAGACUCUGCCAAGUUUUUCGUGUCGACUCGGAUGUGCAGGCAGUGGUACCCAUUCUUAUUGUCCGCAGUAAGUACUGUCAAAAGUACUGACUUCGCAUUGGGGCGGUGACAAGUCCCGAAAUGGUAUCACACCGAGACAAACACAGUUGGCCAUCGUACGAUUCGUACCUGCAUGCACAGACCUAAUAAGAAAGGUACGGAUGGUCAUACGACAUAGCACGACCUGGAAAUAGUGGUCGCAGCAAGAUGAAAUGUGGUAUAGAUGAGGUAUAUUAGGUCCGCGUAGGGGAGACCAUUAGAUAUAUACAGCAGUCGACGAUAACAACAAAAUUAAUGCUGUAACACGCAUCAAAACAUCGUCAAUAUAUAACAAAACUAGUACAUACUCUAAAACCUCGAGCUCAUGCCCA